GGUGCAUCCGUAGCAAUUGGACGUGUUUUCUGUAGCUCGUGUUGACAAGAGUUGUGGCUGGAAAAAAGUGGCUGCUGGUAGUUCAAAGGGACUUUUAAGGGUGAAAAUCGUCACGGUGUGUGACCCGUGUACGUCUAUUGUCCGCCCCGUGAGUGCCGUGAGUGAUUUGUGUGAUGCUGCUGGUGGUGGAGUGAACGGUGAGGGUGGCAGACACUUGUGAAGAGCGAAGUCGCAGAAGUAGCAAAAACAACAGGAAAAAAAAUAGACAAUAAGUGGAAGAGAGUAGUGUGAGUGUGAUUGGAUAGAAAAGUGAUUUAUUUUCCUCAAAGUGCAACAAAAGUGCUUGGAAAUCAUGGAUCUGAAUCUGGAGCAUCCCGUUGGAACAGCCAUGGGCAGUUUAUUUCAGCAAAUAAUUGCUGAUUUAAAGAACUCAACACCACUCUGGGAGGAUUUGGUGAUGAAAGCCAGCAAACUGCACAUGUGCUUGAGAUCAGCCAUACAGGCGAUAGCAACGUAUUUGGAUGCAUUUCAGAAGAUUGCAGAUGCAGCCACAAAUUCGAAAGGUGGAUCGAAGGAAAUUGGCACGGCGCUCACGCGUGUCUGCCUGAGGCAUAAAGCUGUCGAGACGAAGAUGAAGACCUUCACGGCAGCCAUCAUGGAUUGCCUGAUAGCGCCGUUGCAGGAGAAGAUUGAAGAAUGGAAGCGCCAGGUGGCAACAAUUGACAAGGAUCACACCAAAGAAUACAAAAGGUGUCGAGCUGAGCUGAAGAAGCGUUCAACAGACACACUGAGGCUACAGAAAAAGGCACGCAAAGGUCAAUCGGAUACGAUGCAGAGCCUGGUGAACUCCUCACUGCACGACAUGACACAGCGUCGUGCUGAACUGGAGGAGAUUGAGAAGAAGAGCCUCCGGAUGGCUAUGGUGGAGGAACGUGAACGAUAUUGCACAUUUGUUAAUUUUCUCCAGCCCGUGGUGAAGGAGGAGUAUGAGGUGAUGUAUGAAUUGAGUCAUCUCCAGGAGGCUAUGGAUGCCAUUGUCAAUGUCACCAAGGAGCCAAGUGUUCUGCCCCAGUCUUCAGAGGAAAUUAUCUUGGCCACAAAAUCUCCCCUGAAUCUCUAUCCAGAAUCUCCAGGGGCAGCUAGUAGUAGUGGAGGAGGAAAUAGCUCUCAGGGCGGAUGCUCAGCAUCUCUGGGCUCCCGGAAGAGUUCAGUGUGCUCAAUAAAUUCGCUCAACAGUAGCGGAUCGGCGGGAUCGCAACACCAAAGAUCUCUAUCGCAAUUAAUAUCGCCUGCGAUCCGCUUGAAACUCGCUGAAUCAAAUGAUAGUGGAUUUUGUUCCUCACAGACAUCAACUGCUAGUCAAUCUCAUAUUAUGUCAACUUGGCCACCAAAUUCACAAGAUCCGGCUGUUUCAGCUGUUGAUCGUCCACAUACGAUCUCAUCCACCUACGAACGUGGUCAUCAACGUCCUGCACUCACAGUGUACACUUUUCAGAGUCCAGAAGUUAAGGCUGAACCGCCAAAAUCCUCAAAUUCCAUCCGACCUCCACUACCUAUUCGGUGUUCUUCUCUAGAGAGAAGUUCCACGGUGAAAGUGAAGGCUCCAUCGUCACUGCCAGCCCAUGUUACAAAAGACUAUCCUCAGAUGCAGCCAACGUAUGUCAAUAUGACAGAACUUGCCUCAAUGGCAGCUUCUAAAUUGUCCAGCAAACAAUCUGCUCCAGUUCAGAGUGUAUCCAGGGAAGUGACUCAAUCACAAGUGUCACCAGAUAUAUGUGAAUCUUCUAGUUCAACAGCAACACCACAGAAUUCUUCUCCAGUGUCUGCAGAUGCUACAGUGACGCCCACAAAGGGUGGAGAGGAAGAUUUGAAGAUUCUGACUUCAUCUGUGCUGGCUAAGACGUCCAUGUUUGAGAAGCUAGAGCAGAUUCAGGCUAAUGUACUCAAGAGAGUGGACAGUAAACUGGUAAAGAAGCCAGAUAGAGAAGCAGAUAAAUUGCACCGCGAUUCCAUUGAGAAGCUAAAUAGUCUGAUCGACGAGUUGGAUUUGCUGCAGAGGGGUGUUGAGAUGCCAAAGAUGGCCAUAGAUCAUGAGGUGGAGCAACAGGAGGAAGUGGUUAGUCAACAGGAGUAUAUUCAGAAUAAUUGUGAAGUGGUGACACUGAGGUAUAAGGAGCCAAAGGUCGAAUCCCCGUCGAUCGAUGGGGUUGAGACACGAAAUCGUGUCACGUCGUUCAAACAACCACCACAAUCACCCACAACACCUACAAGUGGUAGUGAUCAAUGCGAUGGGGUCUUUCGCAACACAAAUCGACCCACAAUAUCACCUCGUCCAGCCUCUCUCUCUGCAUCACGAUCGAGGAGAUCAUCGGUAAACAGUGCAAAACCACCGCCUCCCGUUCGACGCAGUUCCAGUGUUACGCCGAGUCAGCAGCUCAAUAAAUUGGCCACGCAAAAUCUCUCACAGCAGAAUCUGAUGAAUGUCUCAUCUGAAAGUCUUCCACCGCCACCAGCUUAUCUUCUUGACUCGGAAAAUAUCUCACAAUCAGCGGGAAGUGUGGCUGAAGCCAUCAAGGCGCUGACUGAUUUGAAACACUUCCCAGCAAGUCCGGAGAUUUUGCGAAGGACGCAGCAGAAUAUCAAUUCAACCAGCAAACAAAGAACUCCACCAUCUCAGAUGUAUGCUCAGCCAAAGGUGACCAAAGUGUCGAGUUUUCGCCAUCAGAGUCACAGUGAGUGGAAGGAAUGUGAAGAUGAAUGCUGUCAGAGAGCUAAUGUUGGUUUAUCUCAAGGUCCAACACCAUCCGCUGGUGACUUCCAUUCGUCAUCAUCCAGUGAAAAUGACUCCAAUAAUAAAUUCUAUUCGCGACACAAUCAGAGUCCAGCUCAGCAGCAGAUCUACUAUCGUCUCAGUGAUCAUCAGAAGUCAGGGAUGGCGUAUGGUGGUCAUCAGGAAGGUAGGACGCCAAUCUAUCAGUCCGUUGGCUAUGAGAAUCAGAUGAUGAAUCAGAAAAUCUACAUUUCGACAAAUCCUUUCUUGGCUCCAUCCACUUCACAUUCACAUUUCGAGGGGAAUUAUUCUGUAGCACCAACAAGCUACCUUGCCCAUCAUCACAGUGUCAACUCCAAAAGACUGUCAGGAAAGGCUUUUGCUGUCCGGAACUUGAUUAAUAGCCAAACAUUGCCAGAUCCUCGCAUUUGUCAUGCUACGCUCAUGGAUCAGAUCAAGCGGGGGGCUAAUUUGAGGCCCAAUAAAACUUGCAACGAUCGCAGUGCCCCCAAAAUCCAUUAAACUUUUUUUUUAAGGGGACAAUAAACAUAUUUACUAAUAUAUUUUUUCUCUUAAAAAAAAAACAACUUAACAAAACUAUUUAAGAAAAGAAAUUGAAUUAUAAUCUUAACAUUUAAGUGUUUAAAAGGAUGGAUGUACUUUUUUGGCAAAGACGAAGAAAAGAUGAAACAUCAAACAUAUUUCUAUAUUGGACUGAUUUUCCCCAAUGUUCAUUAUCAAAAUAAAUAUUUACAAUUGUAGGUAAACUAAAAUUAAAAAAAAACUAUGUAAGUUUUAGGAUUUUUUCUUGUGGGGAUGCUUUUUUCUAAUUGCUAUUUACAUAUUACAAUUAAAAAAUGAUAAAUUUUUUCAGAAGAAAAAUGUGGGUGGGACUUUUUUUCGUGGGAAAAUGUUUAAAGGAUCUUUAUCUCAAUUAAUUGUAAGGGUUUGUAAGAGAUUUGGAUUAAAAAUGAGUGAGAGGCGUAAAAAAAAAUAUGAGAAAGUGUAGUAAUUUAUCUCUAUAUUUUAUACUUGUACUUCUUCGUGUAGUAGACUGUAAGGAUGGAGUAUUUAUCAAUAUAUACAAUUAUAAAUUAUUUACAGAGGCAUUUAUAAAUAAAAAUUUAAGAAUUUUAGCGAA